UGUCUUUGGUCAAUUAUACUAAGCCCCGUGAGUGCAUGGUUACUUGCUGAUGAUAUGUUAUUCUUUGCACCUCGAGGAGAUAUCAGGUGAGAUACAUCUCGGUGCUUCAAUCAUAGAGUACACCAAGAUUUUGUUAAAAACUGCAUGAUAUAUUUUAAGAACAUCAUGGUAGGAUCUAAGACUUUCCUUUUUCUGGGAAAUUUAAAUUCCAUCCUGCAAUAUCGAAAACAGAUACGCAGGCUGGGGGCAGGGGACCCUAACACUAAUCUAAGUAAAACAAUGGAGUUCCAAUAGAAAUUAAGGAAAAAAAAAAGAAUAUAGCUUUUUUCUUUCUUUCCAUUUUUUUGUGGAUACUUUUACAUUUUCCUUUUUUAUCAGUAAACAAAGAGAUUUAUUAAUGGUAAAGGUAGGCAUAGCCCAAGUACGCGGGACAUAUACAAGAGCGACUCCUAAGCAUGAGUGUCCAGUUAUAUGCUAGAACUACUUCUAUUGCUUUGGGGGGAAAUGUAUGAAGUUCUUUUUCUUCCAUAAGUCUUCGCUUGGAGUUAGCUGCGGCACACUGGUUCAUUCUUUUUCUAUUGAUAAAUGUACAAAGUUCUUCCAUAAAGUGGCUAAUUCACAUCGGCGUAGCAAUGCUAUUGAGAAACUUCACUUAGGUACUCAAGUGCUCUCUUCCCCCCCCCCCCCUCCCCGGAAUUAGAAAACCAUAUUGUGCAUUAUUACAAGAACCUCCUUACAGAACCGGCUUGUUGGAGGCCGAAGCUUGAUGAUUUGUUGUUUGAGACAAUUGAUUCGCAGAGUGCAAGCUGUUUGGAGAGACCUUUUGACGAAGAUGAGAUCUAUAACGUCAUUACCGGUAUGGCCAAGGACAAAGCACCGAGUUCAGAUGGCUUUUUGAUGGAAUUCUUUCAAACAUGUUGGGACGUUGUGAAAGGUGAUGUUAUGCAGGUUUUAUGUGAAUUUCACUCUUUUAAAAAGUUUGAAAAAUGCCUCAAUGCGACGUUCAUUGCUCUCAUUUCAAAAAACAUGGGGCUACGACAAUUGAGGAUUUUCGUCCUAGUCUAGUUAGUGGGGUAUACAAGAUCAUCUCGAAGGUUCUUGCUAGUCGACUAAGCCCAGUGUCGGAACAAAUUAUUUCCAAGCCUCAAAACACAUUUAUUUGUUGGAGACAAAUCCUUGACUCAGUUCUUAUUGCAAUUGAGUGUUUGGAUCAUAGAUUGAGGGAGGGAGUUUCAGGCAUCCUUUGCAAGCUUGACAUGGAAAAGGCAUGUGAUCAUGUGAAUUUGGAAUUUCUUUUAUAUUUGCUCGGUAGGUGUGGUUUUGGUGAUAGGUGGAUCUCAUGGAUUCGACAUUGUGUUGCUAGCGCUCGUUUCUCGGUUCUAGUUAACAGCACCCUUACUAAUUUUUUUGACAGUUCUCGUUGUUUGAGGCAAGGAGAUCCUUUAUUGCCCCCUUCUGUUUGUUAUAGUUAUGGAGGCACUUGGCCAGAUGGUGAAGGUCGUUGUUGGAGGAGGUUUCCUAUCCGGAUUCCAGGUGGGUAAUGGCACUAGUGGCUCUAUUAUCAUCUCAAAUCUCUUAUUUGCAAAUGAUACUUUACCCUUUUGUGAAGUGGACUAUAGCCAGAUCCAAACUCUACGAGCAUUGUUAUUCUGCUUUGAAGCAAUGUCGAGGCUUAAGGUGAGCCUUGGUAAGUCUGA